CACUCCCGAAACCCUAGCGCGAGAGCGAAUUGGCGAGAUAAGAGCAGUCUAGGGUUUUCAGAGAAAGAGAAAUCAGAAAGCCAUGGCGACUCCCACUAGAACUCUAUCUCAGAAGGAACAGGACAUACAGAUGAUGCUCGCCGCCGAGGUUCACCUCGGAACCAAGAACUGUAACUUCCAGAUGGAACGUUACGUCUUCAAGCGCCGCAAUGAUGGGAUUUACAUCAUCAACCUUGGAAAAACAUGGGAGAAGCUGCAGCUUGCAGCCAGGGUGAUUGUUGCGAUUGAGAACCCUAAGGACAUCAUUGUCCAGUCUGCUAGGCCCUAUGGGCAGAGGGCAGUUUUGAAGUUUGCUCAGUACACUGGUGCUCAUGCGAUUGCUGGAAGGCACACACCAGGUACAUUCACCAAUCAGCUCCAGACAUCUUUCAGUGAGCCCCGUCUUCUCAUCCUCACCGACCCAAGAACUGAUCACCAGCCUAUUAAGGAAGCUGCACUAGGAAACAUUCCAACUAUCGCUUUCUGUGACACUGAUUCCCCUAUGCGGUACGUUGACAUUGGUAUCCCAGCCAAUAACAAGGGAAAGCACAGCAUUGGCUGUCUGUUCUGGCUGUUGGCAAGGAUGGUUCUGCAGAUGCGUCGCACUAUUGCUCCUGGACACAAGUGGGAUGUGAUGGUGGAUCUGUUUUUCUACAGGGAGCCUGAGGAGCCGAAGGAACAAGAAGGGGAUGAAGUGGUUGCUGCCCCAGAUUAUGGAAUAACAGAUUACCAAGCCACAGCACUUGGUGGUCUCGGCGGCGGUGAUUGGGGUGCCCCAAUUACUGAUGCCCCCCAGUGGGGCGCUGAUGCGCCUGCAGUGGCUCCCAUUCCUGCAGUUCCAGGAAGCAAUUGGGGGGAUGCAGCUCCAUUGCCAAGUGCAGUUCCAAUUGCAACAGAUGGAUGGGAUGCUGCAGCUGCACCACCAGUACCAGGCCCCCCCCCAGUAGUUGAAGGUGUUCCUCCUACUCCCAGCUGGGAGUGAUGGAUGAGCCAAUCUAAAAUCAAGUUUUAAACACUUGUCAUUUGCUAUUUAAGAAGGGAUUUCUUUUUGGUCAGAGUUUUUAGUUGUAGAUGAUGGCUAGUUUUAUGAGAAUUUUUGACAUUUCAUGUUUGGAUAUUUGAAAGAAACACAGCUGUCUUUCUCUUAUGUGAGGGAUUUAAAGUUUGAAUUACUUUUUAGGACGUUUUUUGUUAAUCCUGGAUCUCAAGAACUGAGAUAUAAAGGUUUUCAGCUCUCUACACAUGGGAAAUAAUU